AUGCGUUUCAUCGAGUGUCCUGCGCUGACGCGUCUGUGCGCUUUGCUGCACAACUUGGACGUCGGCGACCGAAUUGUGAGGGGGCGUUUGGAGUUGUUAACAACAGCAGAAGACACAGCUCAGGAGCAGAGUCUGUUGGCUAUCAUAGAGAAUGAACUGACUUCGUCGCCUCUCUUCGCUGCCUCUUCCCCGCCCCCAUUGUUGCUCUCACCGCUCAGUAGCAGCAGCAGCAACGGCGGCAGCAGCACGACCAGAAGCAGCGGCAAAUCGAGACAACGCCUCCAAGACCCAAGACAUACAAACGCUAAAGGACGCCAACUGCUUGUCAAUCUUAUCAGCACCCUCAACCAGUGCUUCCCAGACUAUGAAUUCAGCAGCACCCUGACGCCAGCGAUGUUUCGCGAGGAGCCGAGUCUGUCCAGUGUGCAGGCAGAUAUAAACCAGAAACUCCGAAGUGUUGAAAUGGUACUCCCGGGAUUCACUGUCCAACUGUGGAACGCCAUCGAGUCGGCGGUGUGUCUGAGCAGCUGUGCGGUGUACAGCCACGAGACAGGAGAAUCGGAGGACCCGACGCCUUUGAUUUCUUUGUUUGCUCCUGUGGGGGCAGCCCCAGCUGCUCCUGGUGUUUGUUUAUCUUCUUUCUUUUAUUUUUUCGUUGAUAGACAGAGAAACAGACUCCUCUUCUUCGGCAGUGGGAGCAGCUGCAAGCUCAGCAGCCCCAGUUGGCUGGGCGCUCUCGAAGGCGCGGAAGUCGAUGCAGCAGACGAUGCAGACGAAGUUCAUAUUGGGGAGGUGUACGGGGCUGAUGCCCCCGCACAAGUCGAGCCGGAAGCGGCAGAGGAGGCAGACAGCCUGUCAGACCUCGAGCUACCUUCUUCUGCUUGCGCAUAUGCCUGA